UUUAUUAAAAAUCAACAGAUGGAUUCAUUAUGAUCCAUACUCGAAAGAGAACAUGAAUUGCGGGGAUUUCGAGAGCCGUAGAAGAAUCCAUGUUCUUACCGCUUCCUUCACUCACCGUCCGACCUACCCUUCUCAUAUCAUAUUCAUAUUCCAGUGUAAUGUUCCCAAGUUUUGCAUCACAGUGAUGCACCAUAGUCAACACACUUCUCCAUUUUACCGCCAAUUCACUUGGAACAUCCCAUCCCAUUUCAUCCAUUCUUUUGUUCCCAUUUUAAUCUUUCAGGUUGAAGAAUUUCUCUAGGUGUUCGUUUCUCCAUAUGGGUCAUCAAGUUCCGCAAUCUUUUAGUAAAAGGCGUGUGGAGUUUCGUUUAUGCAAUGUAUCGGGUUUUACCAAUGAAUUACUGGAGAUUCACUCGGAUGAUCCAUCAUUGCACGUAUUGUUUAUUCCUGGAAAUCCAGGUAUUAUUUCAUUUUAUAAAGAUUUUCUCGAAUCACUGUAUCAGUUGCUUGGAGGUCAUGUGUCUAUAACAGCUAUUGGGCAUAUAUGUCAAACGAAGAAGGACUGGGAAGGUGGAAGGUUAUUUUCAUUGCAAGAACAAAUUGAUCAUAAGGUUGAAUUUGUUAGACAGGAGUUACAGAAUAAAGACAUCCCAUUACUACUGGUUGGACAUUCUGUUGGAUCGUAUAUCUCCAUUGAAUUGUUCCGCAGGUUCCAGGAUCGGGCGGUGUAUUGCAUUGGUUUGCAUCCAUUUAUGAUGGUGAACAGAGAAUCACGUCAGCAGUUUUUUAUUGAGAAACUUUCAAGGUCUCCACUGCUAUCAACUUUGUUUUCUUCUUUUGCUGCGUUGUUGGGUACAUUACCAAUUCAAGCUUCAAGUUUUGUUGUGAAAAAAACUAUUGGGAAGUCAUGGUCCAGAACUGCUAGUGAGGCUGCUUGCUCUCAUUUGCUAAAGUACCAUAGCAUGCGAAAUGUGCUAUAUAUGGCAAUGACAGAGUUUGAUAAGUUUUCAGAAACACCAGAUUGGGCAUUUAUGAAGAAAGUGAGUCAGAAAUUAUCAUUUUUGUUCUGUAUGGAUGACCAUUGGGCUCCAAUGCAUGUGUACGAGGAGAUAUCCAAGCAGGUCCCUGAAAUUGAUCUAUCAGUUGAAAGGGAGGGCUAUUCACAUGCCUUUUGCUGCUCUGAAGCUGCCUCAAUGUAUAUUGCUCAAUAUGUGGCUAGCUUGGUCAAGAAACAUCUCUCAGAUUAAAGUUUCUCCCUGUGCUUUUAUCCUUAUAUAAAGAACUCGUGUUGUUAACAAAAUAGAUGAAAAGGAAUAAUAAAAGUACCUUCUGAUGUCGAGCAUAACGAGUCGAGGCACCAUAUGUUGUAGUAUUGAGAAUCAAAUUAUGGGUUAGUAUUUUUUUGAACAAGAAAUAAAUGUCAUCGAAUCAAAUUAUUAGUUGUUUUUAAGAAGGUGAUUCGUCUAGUUUAUAAGGCUUAACGAAACAGAUCUUAUUUAUGUAACUUUAGCCUCCAUUGAAGGAGAAAUGAUCUCAAUAACAUGAGUUCAAUCAAUGUUAGUCACC